AUAGCUCUACCAAGACUCCACACAGACGGAGGAUUACUGAAAAAAGCAGGGAAGGAGAGGUGGCGGGAGAAUCGCUUAUUCCAAUAGCAUAGGGGGAGAGAACAGAGACGGCACAAGGGAGGGAGGAAUUAUUGCAAGCACAAGUGAAGCAGCGAUCAGGGUAGCAAUCCAAGCACAUUUACUCGAGAAGGAAAGAGGGUAGAGAGAGAGAGUGAGAAGGUGGUGGGGGGUGUGUGGCAUGCUUACGGAGUGUGACAUUGAUAGAGCAAAGCAGAGAGAGAGAGCGCGCACAGAAAGGAUAGGGAGAAACAGGAGUGAGACCUAGAGAGAAAUAAGUCAUCACAGAGAGAGUGAGCUCAACACACAAACACAAGACGAGGGGGAAGCGAGGAGAGAGAAAGAGCAAAGUGAGUAAGAGAGUGAAAGAAGAGGAACGAGAUGAUGGAACCCAGAAAUAGUUUUACUAUAUAGCCACUCAUCCCUGCUCUCUGCGAUAGACCUGACUCCAGGCUGAGGACUCUGCUGGAAUUAGCUAGAGGGAUGAUACAGGACAACAGGUCUGCAGCACCACUGCCUCGGUGUAUGCAGUAAGGCAGUUGAUUUGUUACUGAGGGAGUGUGUGUGUGCCGGCGGGCUUUUUACAGUUUCUUGUCGUGAUUGGGGGAGGAGCCACCGUUUCUCAUGACAAGAAAAUUCAGUAAGCAAUACUGUGCAUGCCAGGAGCUUUAUUUGCAAAUGUGUCUUUACAUUCUAGCGUAGUAAAUGCAGUAAGGAUCCCGGGCAGUGACAGUUGGUCAUAGAGUGUGUGUGUGUGUAUCUACGGCUCUGCAUGGAGGUGAGCAGAGGAAGGGUCAGCUGGGUGCAGUGUGCUGGGUUUGAGAAGGAAGGUUAUAGGGAAAGUACUGAACACAAUGCAAGGACAAGAGCUUCGCACUGAUGGGAGGGAGUGCAUAUGAGGUACCAGAAGAGCCCUGGGUGUAGGGUGGAGGAAGGAGAAAGAGGGGGUAGGGAAGAGAGAGUGAGGGGGAGAAAAAGGGGGAGGAAGGAGAUAUAAAGGAGGAGGGAGAGAAGGAGAGAGAGUGAGCGAGAUCAUGGCUGUCAGAUACAGUGAGCUAUAGUAUAGAUCUGAGUGGUGCGGCAGGGGGAGGACGAGCUUCACUGCACAGGAAAGGGGAGAAAGGGAGGGAGGGGGAGAGAGGAGGAGAGGCAGACGGCACCGCUCCUCUGCCAGGAAGGGAAGAGCAGACCGGGACCGGACUGAGGGAGGACACACACGUUCACCCCCACACAGUCACUCCUACAGAGAACCAUCGGCCAGGUCAACGAGUAGAGGGCAGGAGAAGCUGGUGUGGGACGGGGGCGGAUGCGCCCCCUCUGGCUGGAGCGCUGAGCCUAGGAGGAGGGGAAGGAAUCGGGAGAGAGCCCCAGAGCCCCAGUUCCUCUGUAGGUUGAACCUGUCUUUCGAUGACCAUGGGGGAGUGGACCAUUCUGGAGCGGCUGCUAGAGGCUGCUGUCCAGCAACAUUCUACCAUGAUUGGGAGGAUCCUGCUGACUGUAGUUGUGAUCUUCCGUAUUUUGAUAGUAGGUAUAGUGGGUGAAAAGGUCUAUGAGGACGAGCAGAUAAUGUUCAUCUGCAACACUAUGCAGCCGGGCUGCAACCAGGCCUGCUACGACAAGGCCUUCCCUAUAUCCCACAUCCGCUUCUGGGUCUUCCAGAUCAUCUUGGUGUGUACGCCCAGCCUAUGCUUCAUCACCUACUCCGUACACCAGUCCGCCAAGCAGCGUGACCGCAGUUACUCCAUCCUGCACCCCUACAUAGACCACGGUCACGCAAGUCACCACAGUCGUGGAGGCGAUCACCAUGCCCGCAAGCUGCGCAACAUCAAUGGCAUCCUGGUGCAGAACCCCGACAGCGGCAAGGAGGAGCAGGACCUGGAGGUCAAGGAGAUCCCCAAUGUGUCCCGGGGGCUCACGCAGGCCAAGAGCGCCAAGGUUCGGCGGCAGGAGGGCAUCUCCCGCUUCUACGUCAUCCAGGUGGUGUUCCGUAACGUGCUGGAGAUCGGCUUCCUGGCUGGCCAGUACUUCCUGUAUGGCUUCAACGUGCCAGGGAUGUUUGAGUGUGACCGCUACCCCUGUGUGAAGGAGGUGGAGUGCUAUGUGUCACGCCCUACAGAGAAGACGGUGUUCCUGAUUUUCAUGUUUGCAGUGAGCGGUAUCUGUGUGCUGCUCAACCUGGCCGAGCUCAACCACCUGGGCUGGAGGAAGAUCAAGACGGCCGUCAGGGGUGUUCAGGCCCGCAGGAAGUCCAUCUGUGAGGUGCGUAAGAAGGACGUGCCGCAUGUGUCCCAGGCCCCCAACCUGGGCAGAACUCAGUCCAGUGAGUCAGCCUAUGUCUGACAGAGGUUCCUCCACAUGGGGGGACGUGGACUUCUAGACCAAGCAAUCUUUUUCUGGGGAGGACAAACACUUAGCCCAGCUCCCCCCACCCUAAGGGGCACUAACUCUAUGUACACUGCAACAUUAUUCAGGAGCGCAGAGGGACCUCACGUGGACAUAUUGGAGGAUUAUUGGAGAGAAGAGCUUUUUGGACUCAAGAGAGAGAGAGAGAAAGUACGUCAAGGGCAGUUUUGUUGCUGUUACUAAAGUUAGAUUUUAACUGUAGGGGGAGUUGUGCUCUGAGUCCUAGGUGACACUAGGUGCCUUCCAAGAGAACACACUGGAAAAAGAGGACAUAGGACUAAUUACUGUAAUAAUAUGAAAUAAGGACAGUUAAAUAAGAAAUAAGUCUCACCUAAAAAGUGCUAUCCUUUGCUUUUGCAACAUAGUCCCUUAGUUUCUUUAUGUAUGUGUGCAUAUGCAAGAAGGUAUGCCUGCACGUGUGUGUGCGACAGAUAAAGCAGUGUGUAUGCCUUUGUUCUGCAGAGUCAGAGCAGGGAUGAUGGGCGAAGUUGAGUUGCUGAGGGAAUGAAAAUAACUUUCUUUCAGUUAUUUUCCUUCCCUGCGGCAGCUCCAAUGUAAGGAGGAGCCAAGCAGAGGUGAUGCACCUUUAAAAAAAACAUCAAAAAUCAACACUAAAACUAUACCUCAGCACAAACUGGAAACCUCCUCUCCCCAUCUCCACUCCCCCAAGUAGCACCCCCUCCUCUCCCCGUCCCCACUCCCCCAGUAGCACCCCCUCCCUCCCUCCUCUCCCCCACUAGCACUCCCUCCUCUACCAACUCCCCAACUAGCAUUCCCUCCCUCCACUCCCCCACUAGCACCCCCUCCGCCCUCCGCUCCCCCACUAGCACCCCCUCCGCCCUCCGCUCCCCCACUAGCACCCACUCCACCUCUGCUCCCCCACUAGCACCCCCUCCUUCGCCCACUCCCCCACUAGCACCCCCUCCUCCUCCCACUCCCCCAGUAGCACCCCCCUCCGCCCUCCGCUCCCCCACUAGCACCCCCUCCUUCGCCCACUCCCCCACUAGCACCCCCUCCUCUCUUACUGUAUUAUGCAUUCUUAAAGAACUGACUACAGUAUGAAGCACUAAAGGAAUUAAUGGAAUUCCAACAAGCCUUUCUUUUUUCCAUUACACAGGAAACAGAAGUAUUUACUCACAGAACAUUUUAACGUGUAACCCACAAGUUGUUUUCUUUACUACCAAAUUUGGUGCCAUAUUUGCAAGUUACUGUAAAUAGUUUAAUGUAAUAAUAAUUGCAUAAAGUCUGCUUUUUCAGCUAUGAGGUGGGCGGGGGCAUGGCGUGCGUCAGGUUGGGUGCUGGGAUUUGGGUGGCGCUGGAGAUUAAUCAUAGAUUGACAGCUUUAAAAAUAUAUCAAACUAAUGUUCUCUUUGUUAAGAUUUUGUUCUCUAAUGGAAACUGUAUGUUUUUUUCUCCUAUGGACUUUGAAAAAAGCAUGUUACUGAAGCAUUCAUAGAAUGGAUAGAUUGUGACAUGACAUGCAAUUUAAAAAAGAGACUGUUUCAUUUAUUUGCAUCCUGCUACUGUGACAUGUAAUAAUCAGCAUGCGUUAAGAUGAAAAAUGAUGUAUCAGAUA